CGAAGCCGGAGCUGCGGGCGCCUUUUCGGCCCGCGGUGUCUUAGAUUCAUUCUUAAGGAACUGAGAACUUAAUCUUCCAAAAUGUCAAAAAGACCAUCUUAUGCCCCACCUCCCACCCCAGCUCCUGCAACACAAAUGCCCAGCACACCAGGGUUUGUGGGAUACAAUCCAUACAGUCAUCUCGCCUACAACAACUACAGGCUGGGAGGGAACCCGGGCACCAACAGCCGGGUCACGGCGUCAUCUGGUAUCACGAUUCCAAAGCCUCCAAAGCCACCAGAUAAGCCGCUGAUGCCCUACAUGAGGUACAGCAGAAAGGUCUGGGACCAAGUAAAGGCUUCCAACCCUGACCUAAAGUUGUGGGAAAUUGGCAAGAUUAUUGGUGGCAUGUGGCGAGAUCUCACUGAUGAAGAGAAACAAGAAUAUUUAAACGAAUACGAAGCUGAAAAGAUAGAGUACAAUGAAUCUAUGAAGGCCUAUCACAAUUCCCCUGCAUACCUUGCAUAUAUUAAUGCAAAAAGUCGUGCCGAAGCUGCAUUAGAGGAAGAAAGUCGACAGAGACAGUCUCGCAUGGAGAAAGGAGAACCUUAUAUGAGCAUUCAGCCUGCUGAGGAUCCAGAUGAUUAUGAUGACGGCUUUUCAAUGAAGCAUACAGCUACCGCCCGUUUCCAGAGAAACCACCGCCUCAUCAGUGAGAUCCUCAGUGAGAGCGUGGUCCCUGAUGUGCGGUCAGUUGUCACAACAGCUAGAAUGCAGGUCCUCAAGCGACAGGUCCAGUCUUUAAUGGUUCAUCAGCGAAAACUAGAAGCCGAACUUCUUCAGAUAGAGGAGCGACACCAGGAAAAGAAGAGGAAAUUCCUGGAAAGCACAGAUUCCUUUAACAAUGAACUUAAAAGGUUAUGCGGUCUGAAGGUGGAAGUAGACAUGGAGAAAAUCGCAGCCGAAAUUGCACAGGCAGAGGAGCAGGCCCGCAAAAGGCAGGAGGAGCGGGAGAAGGAAGCAGCGGAGCAAGCCGAGCGCAGUCAGGGCAGCAUUGCCCCUGAGGAAGAGCAAGCAACGAACAAAGCCGAGGAGAAGAAGGAUGAAGAGAGCAUCCCUAUGGAGACAGAGGAGACACACCUGGAAGAAACGACAGAGAGCCAGCAGAAUGGUGAAGAAGGCACAUCUACUCCUGAGGACAAGGAGAGUGGGCAGGAGGGGGUUGACAGCAUGGAGGUCGAAGGGACCAGUGAUAGUAAUACUGGCUCAGAGAGCAACAGUGCAACAGUGGAGGAGCCGCCCACAGACCCCAUGCCCGAAGACGAGAAGAAGGAAUAAAUGCUGCCUUGUUUUAUGUGUCCUAAAACUUUUUUAAAUGGAAAAA